AUGGCUGCUGCUUCCACAUUGACCAUGGAUCCGACACGGCAUCUGCUGAUACCAUUGCAUGUCGCCUUCGUCGAAGCGCUCGACAAGAAGCGCGAUUCGCUCGCCUACCACUUCACCACGCACCUGCGCAUGAACGGCGUCUAUUGGGGACUCACAGCCUUAGAGAUUCUGGGCCGACCAGAAGUUUUGGAUCGACAAGCACUGAUCGACUUUGUGUUCAGCUGCUGGAACGAAGAGACCGGCGGAUUUGGCUCGUUCCCCGGUCAUGACGCACACGUACACAGCUCGCUAUCCGCGAUACAGAUCCUGGCGAUGAAGGACGCUCUGGACGAGCUCGACACCAGAGGAUUCAGAGAUCGUCUAGUGAAGUUCCUGCUGGAGCUUCAGCUGCCCAACGGCGCGAUACAGGGCGAUCAAUGGGGCGAGACAGACACCCGCUUCCUCUACUGCGCCGUGUCCGCCCUCGCUCAUCUCGACGAGCUCGACAAGCUGGAUCGCGGACUCACUAUCGAACACAUCCUGUCGUGCCACAACCCAGACGGAGGGUUCGGCACCGGGCCUGGUGCCGAGAGCCACGCUGCGCAAGCCUGGGUAUGCAUCGGCGCACUCUCGAUUCUUCAAGCCCUCGACCGGAUAGACCGAGAUCGGGCAGGAGGCUGGCUCGCCGAACGCCAAUUGCCGAACGGAGGACUCAAUGGCAGACCGCAGAAGCUCGAGGACGUGUGCUACAGCUGGUGGGUGCUUUCGACGCUCAGCGUUCUCGGCAGAUUGCAUUGGAUCAACGCGAAGAAGCUGUCUAAGUUUAUUCUCUCGGCACAGGAUCCGGAAGACGGAGGCAUUGCUGAUCGACCGGACAACGUCACUGAUGUGUUUCACACCGUCUUCGGUUGCGCUGGCCUUUCGCUACUCGGUUUCGAGGGACUGCAGCAAGUCGAUCCAACCUACUGUAUGCCACUGCGAACAACGAAAGCAUUGGGGAUCGAUCGACCAUAUCAGCGACCUCCAGCAAUCGACUGGAAUUGA